GAUCAGCCAGAUCUCUGCCAAGAACACUGGUGAUGUCGAGAAUUGCUUUUUUACUUCCUCCUUUAUUGUCUACCCAACGUUCCUCUUGGGAACAGGGCAUCGCGUCCCAAGCUUUACUUGAAACCUAUACUCAACACACACUACCUUCUGAUCACGGACUUCCUGACCUCUUGCCCUAUCUUCACGGCUUCGUUCACGAUGCGAUCGUGCGCCAGGCCGACGAUGGGAGAUUAGCUGUCGCUUUGAAUGGUGAUGGUACCUCUGACCCUGGUGCAGCAGACCCCACCUGCAUCGGGGAAACUCUCUACUAUCUGCUCCGCAAGUUCCCUACUGAGGUUGAUUUCAACCGACUUAUUAGUGCUGUUGAGCGCAUGCUUGACUAUGUACUCAAAACUUGCCCUCGCGCUGUUGUUGAACAAAUCGUUAAUAGGAAUCCUUCACAAGAUGAUCUUCUUCUCUCUCAUAGGAUUGAUGCCCUACAAAUUUGGUCAGAUACAGUGUACAUGCUCCCACCCUUCCUGGCCGCUGCGGCCGUGUACUAUACGCAACAUCCUAAUCCUCAAUACGACCCACCCUCACUCCUGCGUAUGGCGAUUCAACAAGUCAUUCUUGCUGCAACCGCACUCCAGUCAUCUGACGGGGAAUGGUCACACAUCUACGACUUGACCGAGCGCAAGUUCCAACGGAAAGGCUUUUGGGGUGUGGGAAAUGGUUGGGUAUGCGGAGGUAUCAUUCGUAUAUUUAGGACAUUGGUCUCUUCUCUUCUACCGGGAAAUGAACAAUUGAAAGAUAUCCUCCUCAAUACUGAGGUGGCAGAUCGUCUGAAGAGAUGUUACGACCUUCUCACACAUACGCUCAAAGCAUGUUUGCACCACAUUCGUCCGGAUGGCCUCUUUCAUGACGUACUGGAUGACCCUUCUUCUUUCGUUGAAACAAACCUCUCGCAACAACUUUCAUAUUCACUUUAUCGUCUCCUCCACCUGCAUUUACAUACACCGCCUCACAUUCGCGAUGCGCUUCAUCUGCCUGAUGUCUCAAAGGAGCAAACGGACAGAUGGGCAGCGCUGGCCGGGCAGUUGAGAGAGGCGGCUAUAAAGAAAACGGAUACAUUGGGGUUCGUUCGUGAUGUCUGCGGGAGUCCGACAUUUGAUAAACCUGGGACAGCAGCUGAAGGCCAGGCUUGGGCUAUCUUGAUGGAGGUGGCAAGAUUAGAUUGGGAGUACUAACAGACAUUUUGAAUGAUGAUCAUGCUCUUUGAUACCCUAGGUAUUCCAUUAACCAUCCCUUAACCUCUGUGAUACAGGUGCACCAUAUUGACGUUCUUCGCCUCACAGCCGCUCAACGCAUAGGACAAAGAUAUUUCGGCUGACCCAGAGUCUGCAGUUAUUGAGUGCUGCCGUUAUCAUACCUUUCUCGUGCUCCCAAGUGAUAUCAUGUCUGCUUCGAACGCAUAUACACAGUGUUCUUUAGCUUUCUCUGCCUCCGACAGAGGUAUCUGAACUAGGCAUGACCUCAUGAACUUACUGCAUCUUCAGAUGACUUCUUUACUUCCCACGGAGGCCGCUUAGCCUAUAUCUAACUGUGCGCCAUAUCUAUACGUACCGUUUCCUCCUUCUCUAUGACAUCUUGAAAUUCGCGAUACGCACUUCAAGUCGCUUGGCAGGUAUCAUCAGGCACAGCGUACUUCUGCCUUGCUCAAGAGAUAGCGGUCAAAAGGUACGUCGGAUUGUUAGUUCAACCCGUAGAGAGUACAAGAAGAAAGAAGUGUAGUGUAUAUGGAGACCCAAACCGAGAUCCACGAGGUGCAUAAUGUCGUGAGAAACCAAUUGAGAUAGCAAUCUGUUUUUUUA